GUCCCCGUCAACAAUCCCCCCCUCAUCACAUCACGUCUCAAACACAACAUUGCGCCCUAAAGCAAAUCUCGAUCUUGACCACAUUCACAUCUCCCUCUCCGUAUACAACACACACAUCAUGUCUGCCUUCCUGUCUUCGCUGCGUCCUGCCAUGCGCGCCACCUCCGGCGCCGCACAGGCUGCGCGUUCCUUCAGCUCCUCCUCGUCGCGCUCCGUCGCGAAGAUGUUCAUCACCGGCCGUCUUGCGACCGAGCCCGAGUUGCAAGUCACCGCCUCCGGCACGGAGAUUGUCAAGUACUCUGUUGCCACGCAAUACUACUCCAAGGGCGAGAAGCCGACGAGCUACUUUAAGGUCUCGGUCUUCCCCGAAGGCGGCCAGAAGGAUUUCAUCCUCGGCCUGCCCAAGGGAACUCUUGUUUUCGUCGAAGGAGAUUGCGCCAUGCGCACAUAUGAAGACGGCAACGGCAACAAGCGAUCGUCGCUGAACAUCCUUCAACGCACUCUUGAGGUCCUGAGACGCCCUUACAUUCCCACCGAGUCCGCCGAGGGCGACGAGCAGGGCACCAACUAAGCCAGAGUCCACACUAUGCACAAUAUUCCUGCAGGGCGCGGGCACUCCGUCGACGCAAACCAAGAAAACACCACACCCCACUCUGGAUUCAAUAUCCGCUGCACAACGAAAUAGGACAGAUAGUUCUUUGCGAGGACCCAUUGCCCUUCCCGUUGUGGGAGGAGUAGGAUCGCGUAUUUCUUGGAGAUCAGGCCUUGGAUCCAUGUCGGUAGAACGGAUAUGUUGCUUGCUGGUCGACAUUCUUUAUGUCUCUCCCUGUCCAUUUCUCUCUCUCUCUCUGCCCGCUAUACCCGGUCGUUGACAUGACUGUAUGUCUGUGGGUUCCGCCUAUGUCUGCCUGUUUUUUUAAGGUUACAGCCAUGCAUCCCCCAUUUGUACUUAUAGCGCGAUAUAAAUAAAGUUGGAGACCAGUACGCUGUUCUUC